AAUUGAAUAGGAGUGGUUUAAAACGUUACGUCCCAUUUACCCAGGAGGAUAUACGUAUAUAAACGAACGCGCACGGAGAAUUUGCAUUAUAAACAAACACCCAGGACGAAUUAACUUGCUAAAUGAAAAUGAGGUUAACUCUUAGUGUCGGUUUUGUGGUGACAUGUCUUAUGUUGGACACAUUGGCUACACCACUCUGUACCACACCGGAUUGUGCGAACUAUCCCAGAGACCCACUUACGUUCGAACAACUUCGACGGGCAGUUAUAGGUGAGCAAAAUGUAUCAAAAGUAUAUUAUGAAGUGUUCAGCAUGGACCCUGCCGCGUUAAAACCAUCUGGAUUGCCUAUUUUGAGAAAAACAUCAAUUCGAUGGAUAAUGGAAGAAGCCGUGCCGUUUCCUGGAAGAUUUAUAAACGACUAUGCUGGAUGGAUUCCAUAUAAUCCACUUUUUCCGGAUAAUACAGGAAAAUGUGAAUUCGGCAGAAUCACAUUUGAAACCAUUGUUAGAAGAGGGAUGAGAAUGAGUUUUAAGUUCGAUUCCGUCUAUCCUAAAGUGGAAGUUCAUGUGGGAACAUCUUAUUCUUCGUUCCCAGAGGAGUACUUGAUAAAUUGGUACUGUCCAGAGACUGAACUUGUUUACGGUGGCAAAUUUGGCAUCAAAUGGUGCAAGAGUGGCGCCCGAAUGAGUAUUUAUAGCCCACAUGCAUUCACGCAACUUCCGUUUGAUAAGAUACUGGACGAUAUGUGCCGGAACCAGUCACCUUCAUUGUCAGAUCCGAGAUGGACGAUGACGUAUGAUGCACCUCAGAUGUGUGACGUAACCAGUAAUAGUGGCAGGAAGAAGAGAUCAACAGAUAUUCGACACUAUCUUUAAAAUCCUCUCUCGUUUGUAUUUAUGGACUACUUUUAUGGUUUUCUUGUAAUAUAUCAUGCUGUAUUUAGUUGUUGUUGUUUUCUUGUUUGCAAUAUCAUAUUAGUAUUAUUUGUUGGAACAUUGUUUUGUCCGUUUUGACAGCCAAGCAACAAAUAUGUGUUAUUUUAUAUUAUGUUUUUUAUCUGCAUGCUUCCAGAUGAGCUAUAAUAUGACAAGAAAAUCAAACUUGAGAUAAGUGUUUUAAGAGUUUAAGACAAGUAAUGAUUAACAUAUAUAUAUAUUAUGUGCAAUUAUCGUCUGUUUUGCAGUGUCUAUCAGUAUAAAUCAUCACUAUAUUUCUAACGUUGACUAACGCAGUAAGGGCUAUUUUUGCAUAUUUUGACCUCUGUUUUGGUAAUUUACGUGGAUCGUUAGUGCCGUCUGUAAUGUGUAAAUUACGUUUUUGUUCACUUUACAAUAUUUUACUUUAAAACUAUUUUUCAAAUUGUUUUCUGAAAAAUAGCAUGAAUAUGGAGGCAUGCAGCUUUAAUCAUUCUUGGCAAUUUACAUGUAUAUAUAUUUAAGGCUACAUAUUUAAAAAAAAAGCAAUUUGAUCUUCUGGAAAUCACAGAUAAUUACGUUCAGUAUAUUAUAGUAAGACGCCGUUUGAGUUAAACACCAUAAUUUAGACAAAAGUCAAAAUAAAGAAAUGUUUAAGCAUUAACAAUUCAUGUGAACCAGUCAUUUGGUGCGUUAGUUAUGUCUGAAAAAUGCUAAAAACAACAACAACAACAACAACAACUACAACAAUAAAGCGAAACAAACAAACGAGUAUGCAUUUUCAUAAAAAAAGGUAAAUUUUAUAAUAAGAUAUGAGGGUUGUUAAAAAAACUCUGAUCUUAAUGCGUUCUGUAUAUAUAAAAAUUCAUUUGUUGAUUUGCACGAAUGUCACUGUAUUUGUUUUAAGCUUUUCAUAGACAUCUGUUGUGUUUUUUUAAUCAAAUCUUGUGUUUCGAAGUAAAUGCACAUUUUGAAUUAUUACUGUAGGUGUUAUUACAAACACCUGGCAUUUUUCUUAUCGCCAGUACAAAACCAUCUGUAAUUAUGGAAGAUUUGUAAAAGAUGGGUGCCGCUCUUUUCAAGGUGGUUACAGAUAUACUACUUUGAGCUAAAGAGACCCAUACAAAUAAAUAACAAUGGCUUCGGAAGGACCAGUCAACAUCCACUAUUGUUGAAAGGCGGAUUGCAAUGAAAGAACUUUAUACUAUAUACUCAUGGUCCUGUGGUAAAUGUUCCGUGCCGAAAAGUUUAAUCGGGAUGAUGUCUUGAAACGGGUUAAAACAUUUUUUUUCAAGAAAAAUCAUCGCUCUGAAACGGGUUUACAAGGGUUGUAUCUCGAAGGCCUACAUGAAUAAGGCUUCUCCCCAUAAAUGAGACUGAGUGGAGAAGUUUUCCGAUGUUCCUUUUAACCUGAUCUAGGUUACUUUAAGUGAAUGCGUCAUCUGCGUAUACCAAAGGGGAACUACUCUAAAAGGCAUAGAAAAGACAACUGGAGAGAUAAGAAAAUACUUUAGCAAUUGUGUUUUCCUGUUUUUAUGAAAGAAUCAGAACUUUUCGAAUAACCCUCGUAAAUUUCAAAGACCCGUUCCUAAAAUACACAUGUAUAUUAUCUAUGCAUAUUUCAUCAUUAUCAAAAUGUCCAUUAAUUGCCCUUAUCAUUUUUUUGAAAGAGACAAGGUUGUAGAUUUUUAACCGGUGAAAUUGUUUGAAGUUUUUAUGUUGUUUUACCCACUCAAUCGAGAUCCUAACAUUUUUUAGACUGGUUGUUUUUGGCUUUAUGUGAAUCACUAUAUGUUAUUUGGUUAAAGCUUUAAUAGUUUCAUGUUAUACUAAAAAAUUUUAACUUCUUUCUUCUUUCUGAAACUGUGUGAAAUAAAAACCGUAUUUUACCCAAGA